AUGGGUUCCCUUUGCAUGCUGGGGUUCUUUCUCAUCUUUUCAGUCUUAGUAGUUGCAGGCAACGAAGUGGAUGAUGUAGCUUGCAAUGCGAACCAAGUACAAGCGUGCCAUUGUCCAGGCAAUGGCUUUGACGACGACGCGAGCGAUCAUCCUGGAGGCAUGCAGUUUUGCUUGCCGGAUGAAUCGGGUUGGACCGAUUGUGCCCCGUGUCUUUGGUACGAGGAAUGGUGUGACAUUGAAACCAAUUUGUGCUGGCAAGAUCCUCCCAAGGACUCCAAUGUUCCAUCCAAACACGGGGGUGUCACGGUGCAUGACGCCAUGCGCUAUUGCGAAGAGUUAGCCUUUGGAGGCCACUACGAUUGGCGGUUGCCGACUCUGACAGAAUUGCGAUCCAUUAUAGAUGGAGUGGGCAUGACGGAACUGAUGCAAUUGCAGGGUCUCAUUUUGGACGACCUGUGUCCCAUUACCGAGGGAUCUACCGUGGAAGGUAUGACCAUGGUAGAUGUCAUUUUGUGUACGGGACGGCUCAACUCCUUUGAAUGUCCAGGAUCCGGGGGUUGCUGCUGGAAUGAAAAUCUACAGGGAACUUGUAACACCAUUGAUCCUGCUUCCACAACCCAUUACCUCGAGUUUUGGAGUUCCACACCAGCUGCAGAUGAUCCCGAAAAUUGGUACGGCUUUGUGUUCUUUGACACUGGCACUGUGGGAUUCAACCAUGCACUCUCGUUUGGAGAGGUGCGUUGCGUACGAGACAACGAUGAUAUUUCCGUCCUUCCAUCCAACAACAACAAUCCACCACCGCAACCUUUGAUGACGAUUGUCGAUAGCAUGUGCGCACUUCCCGUGGAAAGCUGUUUCCCCGGUCAAACUCGCAACUGCUCUUGUACCACGGGGCGAGAUGGAAUGAUGGCCGUCACGGCAGACGGAGCACAACGCUGUGUCAAUGCUACCGAUUCCAACAACAUUGCACCACUGGCGACGAACGAUGACAGUAUGUGCUUUGGUCACUGCCAAUGUUCCAGCUUUCAAGAGAGUCCGGAACCAGUGGAUGUGUGUGAUCAAUGCGAUCAAGUCAACGUCACGGUGCGAGUUCCCAAUCGUCUCGAGACACAACCCUACAUGCUCGCCGUCUUUCUCUACAAGUACGGCACACUGGACUUUCGCCCACCCGAUGUGGGAGUCCAAGAGAACGAGAUUCGCUACCCAGAUAUUGACGUGGACAAACCAAUUACCAUGACCAUUCCAGGAUGCUCCUAUUACAGAGAUCGAUGCAUGGAAGGAGAGUACUUUCUCAGUAUCUAUUUGAAAAUGAACGAGGGGAGAUUCCCUGGCAUCCCGGAACCUUUCGAUGACUACUUUUAUGCGGACGGCAGAAACGAGGACCCCAUUGUGCUAACGACUGGCAACAAUCAAACGAUUGAGUUGGAUGUGACAGUGGAGCCCUUUAUCAUGUCCAUGCUGCCCUAA